GUUGACCGAGGCGAGCCAUCCGCAUUGGUUUCAAAUAUGAGGCAAGAUGGCCGUCAUUUCAAACGUAAAAUGCUGUCUUUUGUCGUAAACAAGUGGCAAGAAAAAGAUAAACAACAUAACCAACUGCACGGCUUCAAAGUCGUUAUACAUUUACGUGAACGUCGACGGGGAGUUAACAUUAUAUUGUUUGGAGGGGGAAAAAAAGUUCUCCAAGGCCAUGGCAGCGUCUUCUUCGUCCUCCUCUGCGGGAGGUGUGAGUGGCAGCUCGGUGACCGGAUCUGGGUUCAGUGCUUCAGAGCUCAUCCCCCCAAGAAAAGUCCUGUACACGUAUCCUAAAGGUGCAGGUGAAAUGAUGGAAGAUGGCUCUGACAGAUUUUUAUGCGAGUCUGUAUUCAGCUACCAAGUUGCCUCCACACUUAAACAGGUCAAACACGAUCAACAGGUGUCUCGAAUGGAGAAACUGGCAAGCUUGGUGGAGGAGCUGGAGGCAGAUGAGUGGCGGUACAAACCGAUUGAACAGCUAUUGGGAUUUACACCGUCUUAAAUAGAGAGACCCUGAGGCCUUUGGUUAAUAAUUCAGCCAAAUUAAAUUAGUUUAUUUCAGUUCCUAAAUUAUAUUCCUUUUUUAUGGUUUCAUUAUAUAUUAUAAGUGUGAAAUAUCAAGAGAUACUGAAUGUGUGAUUUAUCACUUUGACUAUUGUAUGAGUGGUUCUAAAAACUAUUGUACUUGGCAUACUAUAAUAAACCACUGUCAACAAAAACCUCCUUGUUAUGUGCCUAAAGAAUUAAAACUGUUGUAAUAGAUUUCUCAACUGGUUGAGGCUAAUAAAGGUGUUUUUCCAGUCCAAUCUGCUCUUAGCCUCAGUGAUUUAGAGAAAUAAUAUAUUUCGUCACAUCCCCUGAAGUGAGGCAUUUUGUUUCCACAUGGCUGCUCUGUAACUCAUAAAUCUGGAAACCUGCUCAGUCUCUCCUCAGUGCUGCUUACUCCAACUGCACUUGGAGCGAAACAACGAGAGCUUGUAAAUAAAGCCAUACUUGGACAUUU